AUGUACCUUCUCUUUCCUUUCUCCGAUUGGUCUUGGUGGAACCGUUUCACCGAUUUCACUCUCUCUCACAAUCCUUUCUUCUACGCUCUAUGUGCUGCUUACUCUCUCAUCUCCUUCCUCGCUCUCAUUCAACUCAUCAGAAUUGAGCUCAGAGUACCGGAAUACGGUUGGACUACGCAGAAGAUUUUUCAUCUAUUUAACUUCAUUGUUAGCGGAGUACGUGCUCUAGUGUUUGGAUUUCACGCUCGGAUUUUUUUCUUGCAUCCGAAGGUCUUGACUUUGGUGCUGUUAGAUCUACCGGGGCUUGUAUUUUUUUCAACAUACACACUUCUUGUCCUUUUCUGGGCUGAAAUUUAUCACCAGGCAAGGAGUUUACCAACUGAUAAGCUCAGAAUAGUUUAUAUCUCUGUAAAUGGUGCCAUGUAUUUUAUCCAGGCUGGUAUUUGGAUUUACCUCUGGAUAUAUUACAAUGAUGUCGUCGACUUCAUUGGGAAGAUAUUUAUUGGAGGUCUAUCAUUUGUGGUUGCAAUAGGCUUCCUAAUAUUUGGAGGAAGAUUAUUUUUCAUGCUGAAGCGUUUCCCAAUUGAAUCUAAGGGGAGAAGAAAGAAGCUUCAAGAGGUUGGAUUUGUCACAGUCAUAUGUUUCACCUGUUUUCUGAUAAGAUGUGUGAUGGUUCUUCUAUCUGCAUUUGAUUCGGAUGCAUCUCUUGAUGUUAUGGACCAUCCGAUUUUGGACUUCAUCUACUACAUGGUGGUUGAGAUCCUGCCUUCAGCUUUAGUCCUCUUCGUACUGCGCAAAUUGCCACCAAAGAGAAUAUCAGCUCAAUAUCACCUAAUCCGAUAA